AUGUCCUCCUCGCAGCAGCUCGAGGUUGGAGAAGGGGAGGAGAGUGGCCUCGACGAAGAGCUCAGGAAACAGGCGGUGCGCGAGACGGGCAGGGGCAGUGCGUCGCCCGCCGGGAGGAAGGUGACCUUCGGGUUCCACCUGGUGGAGGGCAAGACGCCGCACGGCAUGGAGGACCGCCACGUCGCCGAGUUCCGGCGGCUGGAGGACGGCAACGAGGUCGGCCUCUUCGCCGUGUUCGACGGGCACGCCGGCGCCGACGUCGCAACCUACCUCCGCGAGCACCUGUUCGACGACAUCCUCCGCGAGCCGGGCUUCUGGACGGACACCGUGGACGCCAUACGCCGCACCUACCACCGCACGGACCGGAGGGUGCUCGAGAUGACGGAGGAGGAGGGCGACGGCGAGGAGAGGCGCCGGCGGAACGCCGGGUCGACGGCGGUGACGGCGAUCCUGAUCAACGGCGAGAGGCUGGUGGUGGCGAACGUGGGCGACUCCCGCGUCGUGGCGUGCGAGCGCGGCGGCCCCGCGCGGCAGCUGUCCGUGGACCACGAGCCGCUCCGGGAGCGCGCCGCCGUCGAGGCCCGCGGCGGGUUCGUGACGGAGAUACACGGCGACGUGCCCCGCGUGGACGCGCAGCUGGCGAUGUCGCGCGCGUUCGGCGACCGGGGGCUCAAGGACCACAUCAGCUCCGACCCUGACGUGGCCAUCGAGGACGUCGGCGCCGGCGCCGGCACGGAGUUCGUCGUCCUCGCCAGCGACGGCCUCUGGAAGGUGAUGUCGAACCAGGAGUGCGUGGACGCGGUGAGGGGCACCGCCGACGCCCGGAAGGCGGCGGCGGAGCUCGUCGGCGAGGCGCUCGAGCGAGGCAGCGCGGACGACAUCGCCUGCGUCGUCGUGCGCCUCCACUGAUCCCAGCGUCGUGCUCGUGCAUGUU